AUGCAAAUAUUUCUACAUGAUCUAUCGGACCAUAAUCUUGAGAAUAUCUUCAGUCUAAUGGAAGUUGUGCUUGUCCUGCCACCUACUUCGGUCAAGUGCGAAACAGCCUACUCUGCCAUGAAACUCCUCAAGACCAAGAGAAAAGGACGACUUGGAAACACUCGACUGAAUGAUUUGAUGGCUAUCAAGAUCAUCUCUCCAAUCAUCGAGGAGUUCGACCCUGAAGCAGCCAUUGCUGAAUGGAUGACCUCUACUCCAUCUGGCCAGAAGAGACGAGUAGGAGAGCGUAUAAAGCAGCCUGCCAGACCCAAGGAGGUCAUCACCCUUGCAGACUCUGAUCUCGACCAGGCAGAUGAGAUGGACCAGGCAGACGAGGUGACAGAUGCAAGCUUUCAAAGUACCAGUGAAAUCCAGUCAACUACGACAUCGCUGGUGCCAGAGAAGAUGAUGUAUGAUGGAGACGAUAGUGACGGAGAAAGCGACUGCGAGAUGUCAGAAGACCUUGUGUUUUCAUUGUUGAUGGAAUACAGUAGAGAUUAA